GAUUAUGUGUUUGUCCCGCGUUCAGGAAAAAUUUGGAAACAACCGGUCGGGAGACUUAAAUCAAUAAAAAAAACCGAAUCUUUCGUGGUUAAAAAUGCAAUCCAUGAUGAUAUAAGGUGGUACUAGAUUAAGUGGAAUCCUGACGUCUCUAUGGAGCUCGGCUUGCAUACCAUCAGUUUCAGACCGCCGCUGACGCCGUCUUAUAAUCGAAAUAUUCGCUUGAUUAGAUGCGGCAUCGCCGAGCCUUCCGGCGUGCCGGCACCGAUGGGGCAGAAGACUCGGUACAAGGACGGUUUCUUUGAGAAGGCUUUCAUGACUCUGUUUGCCCGAAAAAUGGAGAAGUUUGCUUCAGCCAAGGAUGGAGCUGCCAAGGGAUGGUAUGAUUAUGAGAGUUUCGUGGAUGUCUCAAAGCGAGUGGUGCAAGGACGGUCCCGGAAGGAACAGCAGGAAGUUGUAAGAGAGGUGCUCCUGUCGAUGCUUCCUCCUGGUGCGCCCGCUCAGUUUCGGAAAUUAUUUCCUCCAACGAAGUGGGCCGCAGAGUUCAAUGCUGCUAUAACCGUGCCAUUCUUUUACUGGUUGGUUGGGCCUUCUGAGGUUAUCGAAGUGGAGGUCAAUGGGGUGAAGCAACAAAGUGGCGUCCUUAUAAAGAAAUGCAGGUACCUGGAAAAUAGUGGAUGUGUUGGCAUGUGCGUGAAUAUGUGCAAGAUUCCUACGCAAGAUUUUUUCACAAACGAAUUUGGACUUCCCUUGACUAUGAAUCCAAAUUUUGAGGAUAUGAGUUGUGAGAUGGUAUAUGGCCAGGCACCUCCUCCUUUGGAGCUUGAUCUGGUGUCAAAACAAGCUUGUUAUGCAGAAAUAUGUACCAUGGCCAACAAGAACUCCACAGUCUGUCCUAAAGUACAAUUUUGAUUAGAUUGUCAAUUGAUGCAUAUUUGAUGAUGAAAUGUCUUCCCUUUCUAUUGAAGCUCAUGCUAUUCAGGUUAGUAAGCGGCUUUCUUUUGAUACUUUCAAAGGCUUUUUCUGGAAGUAAAAGAUUCCCUCGGUUGUGCCGCUCCUCUUAUGUAUUAUAGUUGCAAAUGAGGUAAUUUGGUAGAUGGGUUUUAGCUUUUUUUGGGGCUGUACAAAAUUCCAUUGUCACUGGCCCACAAAUGUGCUCAGCCGUCUUGGAUCUGGCCUGUUGGCAGCCUUAAUAUGUAAUGAUUCAUUUCUAUUUUCUAACAUUA